UGAUUGUAAUUUUUUCUAGUCAGUAGAAGUCGUGGUCAUUGGCACGUAGCGACGAUGUUCCUGUCAAAAUGCGUAAGCUUUGCGUCAUCCUCCUUUUAAAUCAUUUGUGUCUUCAAUAGGAUUUGGGGGCGAAUAAUGGUCUCUCUGGAUAUCUCUUCAAGGGAAUGUUGGUUACAGGCGUUUCAAAGGGCAAAAUUGAACAAAACUCAAUGAAAUUCUCAGAGAGUUUGUUCUGGACCUUGGUGGGAUUUGUGCUGUUGCUGCCGAUUUGUUGGGUAUCUUGCUGUAAAGAAAAUGAGAAAAAUUCUCUCUUGGAUUUUAAGCGAGCUCUUCACGACCCGUCCGGUCGACUGAAAACGUGGAAUAAUUCCACUGACUGCUGCCAGUGGAAAGGAAUCCAUUGUGAUAAUAUAACAAAGCACGUCGUUCGGCUGGAUCUCCACAAUCCUUUCAGCAACGAUCCGGCAAUGGCUUUGAGAAAUUCAACCAAUGAUGUUCAUUCUAAGAUGCAUCUCAAUUCACUUUUUGUUAAGAGUAAUAAAGAAGAAUGUCUGUCUCCACUGUUUGAUCUAAAGAUGCUACGAGUCUUGGAUCUGAGCUACAGCGCUUUCAUUGGUGUUGGUGUCCCUACGCGACUCUACAGGCUGAAAUAUUUGCAGUAUUUGAACUUGUCAAAUGCCGGGUUUGUGGGAAAGAUGCGCAGGGAGUUGGGCAACAUGUCCACGUUGCGCUACUUGGAUCUUUCCACUAAUUACUUCAUUUCCUCCUCCUCCAUCACAAUUGAGGACAUGCAGAUGUGGAUAGGAAACAUGGGAGAUUUAGAGGAGCUGCUGCUGGACGGAGUUAACAUGUCGCAAGUGACUAGCGAUGAAUGGGGCGAAGCUAUCUCCAGCAUGUACAGUCUCAGGCGUCUUCAAAUGUCCAACUGUAUGCUCUCUGGCCCAAUUCCCCCUUCCCUUGGAAAUCUUACCAGUCUAACCCACCUCCAACUUGGUGACAAUUCCUUCUUCUCGUCCAUACCUGCUCGCUUACACAACCUUUCCGACCUGGUUUCUCUCAAGCUUAGAAGCUGUGACCUCAAUGGUUCCAUCCCUUCUGAUCUGUUGAGCCUUCCAAACCUGCAAGAAGUUGACUUCUCUGCCAAUCUGGACUUGGGAGGGGAACUUUCAAGCAUUCUGCCGCCACACUCUGCGAGGCUAAACAGCCUUGUUCUUACUGCAACAAGUGUAGAAGGAGCUAUUCCAGAUUCAAUUGCCAACAUCUCCUCGCUAACUCUGCUGGAUAUCUCACUCUGCUUUGUCCAAGGUCAGCUUCCUCCAUCCAUUGCUAAUCUUACAGGACUUGUAAUGUUGGAUAUCUCAAGUAACUAUUUAGAAGGAAGUAUACCAUUGUUUGGCGCCAAGUCUUCAUUAGCCCAUAUCGAUCUUUCCAACAAUCAGUUGCAGGGUAAAAUACCCUCUAUGUUGUUCGGUGCAUUUGGGAAGCUCAGCUAUGUUGACUUGAGUCGGAAUCUAUUGACCGGUUCCAUUCCAUCCCUUGACAUGAAUCUUACCUCCCUUACAUCGCUUGAUCUGAGCUACAAUGAACUGUGCGGCAAAAUUCCUUCCUUGGCCAACAUGAAGUCCCUUGUUCGGCUCGAUCUGAGAAAUAACCACUUGAGUGGCAAAAUUCCAGCUUCCAUUGGUCAACUGCUUUCCCUCAAUACGCUUGAUCUAAGCAACAACGUGUUAACACAUGCCAUACCUCACAACAUUUCAAAGCUAUCUCGACUGAAGGUUCUUUCCCUAUCCUCUAAUCGGUUGAGCGGGAACCUUACAGAGUCCCACCUGCAUAAACUCUCCAGUCUGGCACAUCUAGAAAUUUCGAACAAUGUGUUAACUGUGAAAGUCAGUCCGACUUGGAUUCCCCAAAACUCGUUUAGCACACUGAAAUUAAGCUCAUGUAACAUGGAGGGUGAGUUGCCGGCCUUCUUAAUAACUCAAAUUGAAAUUUCCAAAUUGGAUCUGUCCGAAAAUAGAUUAUGGGGCAAUAUUCCUGCAUGGGUAUGGGAUUCCCUUCCUCUUGAACAGCUCAACCUGUCUUAUAACAAUUUUGCAGGCGCUUUGCCUUCUAAGCUAAUGGGGCCCAAAAAAUUGAAGAUUCUGGACUUGCAUCACAACAACUUUCAAGGUCCACUUCCGCUUCCUCCUCCUUCAGUGGUCGUGCUGGAUAUGUCAGAAAAUCAGUUUUAUGCAUCCAUUCCAGCUGAAAUUGGCAAAUAUAAAUUUAGUUAUCUGUCUCUGUCUCACAACAAUCUCAGUGGUAGCAUUCCAUCUACAAUAUGUGAAGGGUUGUCUAUGGAGAUUCUGGAUUUUUCAUACAACAGUCUUACGGGUAAAAUUCCUUCAGUUUUUGUAAACUGCAGUGAGCUUGUGGUAUUGAAUUUGGAGAACAAUUCUUUAGAAGGACAGUUGCCAGCGGAGUUGGGAAACAUAACUUCGCUUCAAACACUGAAAAUCGGGGGAAAUCGUCUAAAUGGAACUCUGCCAACACUUGCAAAUUGUAAGCAGUUGCAGAUAUUAGAUGUGGGAGACAACAGACUGACAGGGAAAAUUUCUUCAAAUUGGAUUCUAGAGCUUCCUAAUCUAACGAUUUUGAUCUUAAGAUCAAACAGAUUCGAAGGAACUGUACCUGCUGAUGUAAGCAAGUUACCGUAUCUUCAAAUAUUAGAUCUUUCAAUGAACAGUUUUACAGGGGUCGUUCCGGACAACAUUUCAGAGAUGAAGGGCAUGUCAAAUGUCUCAGUGAAUACCGAAUUCUUUGAGUUUGGUUCGAUAAAUGGUUCAAAAUAUGUAGAGAAAAUAAUCAUCAGAAGCAAAGGUUUGGAGCUGGAGUACGUGAGAGUUUUGGGUUUGGUAAAAUGCCUUGAUCUAUCAAGUAAUAGAUUAUCUGGUCAUAUCCCUCAAGGCAUGGGAUCUCUGAUUGGUUUGAUCAUUCUUAAUAUUUCAAGAAAUCAUAUUGAUGGUGGUAUACCCAAGUCCUUGGGAAACAUGGCACAGCUAGAGUCCCUUGACCUCUCGCAAAACCAACUGUCUGGAGUAAUUCCUAGUGAAUUGCAACUUCUCACAUUCCUAAGUUACUUGAAUCUGUCAUACAAUAAUCUUACAGGAAUGAUACCGCAAGGGGCACAAUUCGCAACAUUUGAAGCCUCAUCCUUCUCACAUAAUCCAGGUCUGCACGGCUUACAACUGAACGAGUCAUGGUCGCCUUCGCCAAAGGAUGAAAGCAAGCCAAAGAUGAAAGAAGGGGUGAAUAAAAACAGGGCAAGAGAGAGAAAUGACAGUUUCAUUGUAUUGAUGGGGAUGAGCUUUGGAGUGGGCGCGGGCACAAUUGUAGCUCCAUUGUUGUUUCUGAAGAAACGAAGGGAAAAGUUCUUUGAUUUGUUAGACAGUAUAUUGAUUUGGGUAGUUGACUUGAUUCCUUGUGACAAGUGCAUUCCCUGUGACAAGUUGCAGAUAGCGAAAAUUUCUGACGGCGAAGACCAAGAGCAUUCCAAAGAAAGCAAGAAGAAAUUAAUACGCUUUUGCGUACGUUGUACACAAAUUGACAGAGAGACUAAAAGUAUACUUCAUACUAAAUGUAUAUGUCGACAAAAGUAGUAUAUCUUUUUGUCUAUAGAAAGGGCUCAAAAUCUAAAGGUUUA